UGAUGAUCCCCCGGCCAUCUCGCUAUUCCCAUCAGCCACUCUUCGCGUCUUUCGUUUCUAUCUGUUCCAAGUUGAAGCUUUCGAGCGGAUAUAACACACUCGCUACAUAUUAAUACGCGUGAACCUAUUUCUUUUCGGCACACUUCAUCAGUAAUACACCUUCGACCUCCGACCUCCGAAAAUGUCUGCCAGCCCAUCCCCCUCUGCCGGUGGCGAUAGCAAGCCCACCGAUCAAAUUCACUUCCGAUUCUGUCGUGAAUGUUCCAACUUGCUCUACCCGAAGGAAGACCGCAUCAACAACCGGUUGAUGUUCACCUGCCGAACCUGCCAUGUCGGCGAGCCCGCCACCUCCUACUGUGUCUAUCAAAACAAACUCAACACUCAAGUCGGAGAUACCGCCGGUGUGACCCAGGAUGUGGGAUCUGAUCCUACGGUUUGUCUCCCGGGUUUCUGUGAUCAUUGUGGGGAAGAGAUUACCUGCUUCGUCUGUGACACAUCCUCCGAGGACUCCUGGUCCGAAGAGGAUUAUGAUGGCUUUUCGUCGUCAUGAGGUCCUGCGAGCGCCGCGCUCGCGUCAUGGA